AUGAGAUCAGUGAUCAUACAGCAUGUGCUUAAAUCUUGUGUGUGCUCCAGGGGCACCAGCGAAGUGUUUCAGAGCAUGGAUCCAACUGUCACAACCUGGGAGACGACACCAAAAUAUGAAAAUGGCAACGCCACUUACACACAACAUACGGAGAUAGUGAUGUCGGCUUUGAUGAUUGUCAUUUCCCUAGUUGGGCUGGCAGGAAACGCGGUGGUGCUGUGGCUCCUGGGCUUCCGCAUACGGAGGAACACCUUCUCUGUCUACAUCCUCAACCUGGCGGGAGCCGACUUCCUCCUCCUCUGCUGCCAGAUUGUAUAUUCCCUGGAGACACUCAUCUUCUACUUCCAUUCCGUCUCCAUUGGCUUAGAGGACUUUUACGUCGUUGUGUUCAACUUUUCCUACAUCGCAGGCCUGAGCUUUCUCAGCACCAUUAGCACUGAGCGCUGCCUGUCAGUCCUGUGGCCCAUCUGGUACCGCUGCCACCGCCCCAGACACAUGUCAGCUGUCCUGUGUGCCCUGCUCUGGGCGGUGUGCCUGCUGCUGAGCAUCCUGAUUUGGAGCGCCUGUACCUUUCUGUUUAAGAGUUUUUCUCAUGGAAUGUGUCCAGUACUUAAUUUCCUCACUGCUGGGUGGCUGAUUUUCUUAUUUGUGCUUCUCUCAGGGUCCAGCCUGGCCCUGGUCACCAGACUGCUGUGUGGCUCCCAGCGGGUGCAGCUGACCAGGUUGUACGUGACUGUCAUACUCACAGUGCUGGUCUUCCUUCUCUGUGGCCUGCCCUGGGGAAUCAACUGGUUCCUCAUAUACUGGAUUAAGCAUUAUUUCGAUCCGUUCUUCUUGCCUUUAUACCCGGCUCUUGUCCUGUCCUGUGUCAACAGCUGCGCCAACCCCAUCAUUUACUUCUUCGUUGGCUCCUUCAGGCAGCGAUGGCGGCAUCAGCAGCAGUCCCUGAAGCUGGUUCUCCAGAGGGCUCUGCAGGACAUCCCUGAGGAGGGUGAACAUGGAGGAAGCCUUCCUCAGGAACCACUG